CACAAAAUGAAAGUGGAGAUUAUUAAUAAAAGUUCAGAGGGAACCAUCCUUCAGAGAAAAUAGAAAUAACCAGCAGCCCAGGAGAGUGAGAGGGAAGAGUAUAAAAACCUUGCUGCAAGAGGAUUUCAUUUUCUUUUCCCUGCUCUGCUCACAGGACGGUGAAGGUAAUAUACAGCAUGAUACAAUAAGCUGCAUUUCUUUCAUACCAAGUUUUCCCAGAAGAAAUAACAAAAAAAGGAGUUGACUCUGUUGCAAGUCUUCAUUGCUCACAGUUCUGCCUUUCCCAAGUCACAUUCACAAGUGGGCAACUUGCAUUGUGCCAUCAGGUGCCAGGAGACCAUACCAGGGUCUGGGGAGGCUCUGUAGGGAUCCAUGGAACUAAGGACAUGAGAUUUGGAAUAUUUGUUCUGCAUUUUAUUUCCCUCCUCUAAACAGUUAAAAAAAAGUCUAAAUUGCGGACUAUCAUAACUUUCAAGUGCUGGAACUAGCCGUGGUCCUGAACAGAAGGGGACCAGACUUCGGAGAAGAGAAGAAUAUACAUUGAUUUGUUUUGUUUGUUUGUUUUGUUUUGUUUAUUUUUUUGCCUGUUUCUCCUAAAUUUGCAAACACAGUGAUAGUAAAGAGGACAAAUCUCACUGGCUCUUAUGGGAAUUAAGCACUCCUCCCGCUGCCUGCUCCUAAGGAGGAAGAUGGCUGAGACUGAGACUGUAGAGGUUUGCGGUGGUCCUUCUCAGCCUGUUCAGCCAGUGGUAAUUCCCAAACCCAUUCAACAUGUCAUACACACUCCUAUUCAACCAAGUUGCCCAGGAAGGGGUAAAAUAGCAAAACUGCUAAACCCAGAGGAGAUGACCUCAAGAGACUAUUAUUUUGAUUCCUAUGCUCAUUUUGGGAUCCAUGAGGAGAUGUUAAAAGAUGAAGUUCGCACACUUACCUACAGAAACUCCAUGUAUCACAAUAAACACGUUUUUAAGGACAAAGUAGUCUUGGAUGUCGGCAGUGGUACCGGAAUACUAGCCAUGUUUGCAGCAAAGGCUGGUGCAAAAAAAGUAUACGGGAUUGAAUGUUCCAGUGUUUCAGAUUAUUCUGAAAAAAUUAUCAAGGCCAAUCAUUUGGACAACGUAAUUACAAUAUUAAGGGGUAAAGUGGAAGAAGUGGAGUUGCCAGUAGAAAAGGUGGAUAUAAUCAUCACUGAAUGGAUGGGAUACUGUCUCUUCUAUGAAUCCAUGCUCAACACCGUCAUCUUUGCACGGGAUAAAUGGCUGAAACCUGGAGGGCUGAUGUUUCCUGACCGAGCGGCUUUGUACGUCGUUGCCAUUGAAGACAGGCAAUAUAAGGACUUCAAGAUUCACUGGUGGGAGAAUGUGUAUGGAUUUGACAUGACGUGUAUCAGGGAUGUUGCCAUAAGGGAACCGCUCGUGGACAUAGUAGACCCAAAGCAAGUGGUGACCAAUUCCUGUUUGAUAAAGGAAAUUGAUCUAUAUACAGUGAAGAUUGAGGAAUUAGCAUUUACAUCCGCGUUCUGCCUACAGGUGCAGCGGAACGACUACAUCCAUGCGUUGGUCACCUAUUUCAACAUUGAGUUUACAAAAUGCCAUAAGAAAACAGGAUUUUCUACAGCCCCAGACGCUCCUUAUACACAUUGGAAGCAAACAGUCUUCUAUCUUGAGGAUUACCUAACAGUACGGAGAGGGGAAGAACUGUAUGGAACUAUAUCUAUGAAACCAAAUGCUAACAACAUUCGUGAUCUGGAUUUCACCGUAGAAUUGGAUUUCAAAGGCCAGCUGUGUGAAGCCUCAAUAUCUCAUGAUUACAAAAUGCGCUAGGACUAUAGCAAAAGCCAAUCUCAUUAACCCUCAACCUGCUAUACUUGAAGCCACCAGUAUUUAUGGGGCUAUAAAUCAGUCACUGGAAAGCCAGUUCAGAUUGAUGAUGAAUUACUGCGCUGGUUACAGGAAGAGAUGAGAUGAAUUUAACAAAACAAAAAAAACGAAUACGAUGAAUUAUUGAUGUCUGUUGGAUGUAACUAAUAAAUGAAAUGAGCAAAAUUUUGGUGUUCAUUGGUUAAUUGUUAGCCUAGAUGAAAAUGGUGUUAGCUGUAGGUUAUUAAAGUCAGUGAUCUGGUAAGGGAAUGUUUGAUAUGAAAAUUGAUUCUAGCUAUGGCAAUAAAGUGGUAUGUACUAUAAAACCUCUGAGCUCUCUGUUAAAGAUAAAAUGAAUGGAUUUAUCAGUGUACUGUACAUUUCAGCUUGUCUUGUGGCAGCCAUUUAUCUUGUAGUUGCAUGAUUAGUGUGCAGAGAGCGCCCCCCAGCGCAGCUUGCAGAAAUUGCUGACAUUUUCAUUAACCUAAGUAUCAUAACAUAAAAAGAUUGUACCAA